GGUUCACAAGUGAGAAGAGGCUGUUGAAGCUGAAGUUUCUCAUAUCUAAUGAUGUCUUCCAUGAGAGCAACUCCUCCCUUUCAUGUACCGUCUGAGGAGGCGGAAAUGAUCGGUCAGGACAACGGGCCCUGGGACGGCGCAGAGCGAGACAGCCCAAAGGAGACGGCAUCGCCUUCUUCGCAUGAUGAGCCCCACCCGGACAAACUUCAGCCUGCCAGAGAGAAACCAACAGACGCUGAGUGGGAGCACGUCGGCCCUGCUGUGAUGGACAAUGAAAGCACCAAGGGCUGCUCAGUUUACACCUACCGGAAUAACUCUACCUCUCCAACCAAACCAGAGGAGUGUUCUAGAGAUCGAGGAGAGACGAUCAUCGGCCUCACGUUUGGGACACCGGAGCGUCGCAAAGGAAGCCUGGCAGAUGUGGUGGACACUCUGAAACAGAAGAAGCUCGUUGAGCUGACCAAAACAGAACAAGACGAACCCUCUUGUGUGGAGAGGUUACUUUCCAAGGACUGGAAGGAGCAUGUUGACCGUCUUAAUGCCAGUGAACUACUGGGAGAGGUUAAAGGUACUCCAGAGGCUCUUGAGGAAAAAGAGCACCAGCUGUCGACCCUGAUCAGUCAGCUGAUCGGUCUGAGGGAGCAGCUUCUCUCUGCCCAGGAUGAGCAGAAAAAGAUGGCCGCCUCACAGCUGGAAAAGCAGAGGCAGCAGAUGGAGCUGGCCAGACAGCAGCAGGAGCAGAUUGCUCGACAACAGCAGCAGCUCCUGCAGCAACAGCACAAGAUCAACAUUCUCCAGCAACAGAUCCAGGUCCAGGGUCACAUGCCACCUCUGAUGAUCCCGGUGUUUCCACACGACCAGCGGUCUCUAGCCGCCGCCGCUGCCGCACAGCAAGGCUUCCUCUUCCCACCCAGCAUGUCAUACAAGCCAGGUGAGAAUUACCCAAUGCAGUUCAUUCCCUCAACAAUGGCAGCUGCCGCGGCGUCUGGCCUCAACCCUCUACAGCUACAGCAGCUGUAUGCUGCACAGCUGGCAAGCAUGCAGAUCUCCCCAGGAGCCAAGAUGGCAACCCUACCACAGGCUCCUAACUCCUCCGCUCCUCUCUCCCCGUCCAACCUAAAGAGCGAGAAACGAGCAACCAGCCCAGUCACUCAGAUUAAGGAAGAAGUAUCCACACAGCCAUUGAACCUCUCAGCCAGACCUAAGACAGCUGAGCCUCUUCGCUCCCCGACGUCUCCGACGCAGAGUCUGUUCUCUGGAAGCAAGACCAGCCCUCCCAGCAUGGGCAAGGGGCGUAUCCCCAGCCCCAGCCCCAACAUGGGAAGAAACACAUCUCUAGACAUCUUGGCCAACCUUAACUCCACGGCAUUGUUUGGGGACCAAGACGCGGUGAUGAAAGCCAUCCAAGAGGCCAGAAGCAUGAGGGAGCAGUUCCACCGGGAGCAGCUCCACCAUCAGCAGCAGCCGGGACACCAGAGUCUGGAGGCCAAACUGACGGCACUCAGCAGCAUGAGCCUCAACAACAGCAACAAGGAGAGGCUGCACUAUGAGACACUGAGUCAGCACCUCGGGAAGCUCGGGGAGGAUGCCGGGAAGAUGGUCCAUCGAGUCAUUGACCUGACAAGACCAGAGGAUCUAGAUGGGAGUAACGUUACAGAGGCGCGAGUGUUUAGGGAGGCCAGAGGAAGGAGCAACAGUGAGCCCCACAUCAAGAGACCCAUGAACGCCUUCAUGGUUUGGGCUAAAGACGAGAGAAGGAAGAUUCUGCAGACCUUCCCCGACAUGCACAACUCCAACAUCAGCAAGAUCCUGGGUUCUCGCUGGAAAGCCAUGACCAAUCAGGAGAAACAGCCGUACUACGAGGAGCAGGCCCGCCUAAGCAAGAUCCACUUGGAGAAAUAUCCCAACUACAAGUACAAGCCACGGCCCAAGAGAACCUGCAUCAUCGACGGCAAGAAGCUGCGCAUCGGGGAGUACAAGCAGCUGAUGCGCUCACGACGCCAGGAGAUGAGGCAGUUUUUUGUGGGCCCUCAGCCACAGAUUUCUUUGGGCAACAGCCCAGGAGGAGGCGGAGUUUACCCAGGUGCAAUAACCAUGGCAACAGUCACACCACCCCCACACCUGACCUCAGACUGCUCAAGCAACUCAGUCAGCCCCGAACCCAACAUCCCCAUCAUUCAGAGCACGUACAGGGUGAAGUCUGAGCCCGGUGGGGGCGGAGCCAGCAAUGGAGGCAGAGUCGGAGCUUUGGACCUGCCCAGCGACCCCAACGGAGACGACGACAUGGACAUGUACGAGGACUUUGACGAUGAGCCCAAAUCAGACUAUAGCAGCGAUCACGAGACACAGGAGGCCGUCAGUGCCAACUGAGCAGGGUGCCAGGCGUGAAAGGAGAAGAACAAUUCUCAGAAUAAACAGACAAACCUUUGAAGUUUAUUACAGAGAGCUUCAGGUGGACUUUCAGGACUCGUGGCUUUGUUUACUGAGCAUGCUCGGACAAGAGACGAAGUCUAUAGAGAUGCUUAAAAAGUUGUUGAACUGUAUAUUGGCAGAAGUCCAGUUGACGAAGAGGCCUGAUGGGGAACGCAACCUCUACAAUCAUUUAGAAACCCAGCUGACCUUUACGUUUCCUCCUUUUGACAAUCUUUCAAAAGAGCGAUAAGACUUUAACGAGGAAAGAACGAGAGAACAAACGAGCGGCGAACACAUAAACAUUGUGGUUUGUAAAGAACGUGCAUGAGAUUUUAAGCAUUACAAACUACUCUUCGACAGCUAUUUGGUCUUAAAUGU